AUGAAGAAGGGCGAAGUUUGCGUUUUGACUUGCGCCCCCGAAUACGCUUAUGGUGAAUAUGGAAGCCCACCAAAAAUACCCCCAAAUGCCACCUUACAAUUUGAGAUAGAAAUGAUCGAUUGGAAAGUGGAAGAUCUAAGCCCUAACAAAAAGCAGGGGAUUUUGCGCCAUAUUCUAGAGAAGGGUUCUGGAAAUGUGAGUCCUGCUGAUGGCGGGGUAGUCACAGUUGAACUCGAAGGAAGAUUAAAAGGUGACGAUAAAGUUUUUGAUACCAGAACAGUAACAUUCACCCUUGGUGAAGGAAGCGAGAAUAACAUCUGUGAAGGCAUAGAAAUAGCUUUGGAAAGUUUCUCGAAAGGCGAAAAAUCUAGACUAACAAUUGCACCACAGUACGGGUUCCGAUCGGAGGGUAAUGCUGAACUUGGAGUUCCUCCGGACUCCACAUUAGAAUACAUAGUGAAGCUAGUUAAUUUUGAAACAACCAAAGAAGCGUGGGCCAUGGAUACUAAUGAAAAGUUGGAACAAGUAAAGAUAUUCAAGGAGAGAGGCACCAACUACUUUAAGAACAAUAAAUUUCAAUUAUCAAUUAAGAUGUACAAGAAGGUUAUUAGUUUACUCGAAUCCGUACCUGACGACCCAAGUGCGACAGAAGUAAUCAAGACACAAGCGAAAGAGCUGAUAUUGUCGGCUAAUUUGAAUCUAUCGUUAGUGUAUUUGAAGAUUACGCCACCACACUAUUACGAAGCCAGAGAACAUGCAACCAAUGCUCUCAAAUACGAUCCUUCUAAUGUGAAAGGUCUGUUCAGAAGAGGGCAGGCACUGCUAGGAUUGGGUGAUGCAGAACAAGCGCUACAGGACUUCCGGAAGGUUGCUGAUGCUGAGCCUCAAAAUAAGGCUGCCGCCAAUCAGAUCAUAGUGUGUCAAGCGACAAUACAGAAACAGAAGCAGAAGGAGAAGCAGCUGUACGCCAACAUGUUCGACAAGUUUGCCAAACACGACUCGGAGAUUGAGAAGCUUAGAGCUAAAGCUCAAGUAGAUGUGAUAGGUGAAAAGGUGGGGGAGUGGGGAGUGGGAGAAGGAGAGUGGACCGACCAACAGAGGGACAGGAAACCAACGGAGUUUGAAAAAGAAAAUCCCAAUAUACUUAUGUUAGACAAGGAUGGACAGUUCAAAAACAUGUGA